AUCAAUCAUAUUCAUAUGGCUUCUAGAGGCUCCCUCAGCCUAAUCCCCUCCCGUCGCUGUCAUUGUCAAGCUCGUUUCCGGAUCGAGCUCUGCUCUGUAUGUUUGCCGUCUAGAGCCUCGCUUCGCCGCACGGCACAAAAAGGCCCAGCCGCGUUCCCCUCCACACGUCUCUGCCCCGUUGCCCAUCCUCCUCCUCCUCCUCCUCCUCACCCCCAGCCAGCCCGCCCGCCGCCGACGGCCGACGUAGCUCCUCCGCCCUCGACUCCCCGCUCUUCUCCCGCCGCUCUUCUCCAAUCCUCAAGCUCGCCGUUGCCCUACGCGCCCGGUGCUGCUCUGCGUUGCUUGCUCCGCACAACACAAGGCCGGCGGCGAUUCAUGGCCGCGACAGUGCGGGACGGCGAGGCGGCGGCGGCGCGCGUGGAAAUGGACGAUCACGACGACGGCGGCGCCGCGUCGGACGGCGAGAUGGACAUGGACAUGGACGUGGAGGCCGACAGCGAGCUCCAGCACGGCCGCGACGCCGCCGGCCGGGCGAACGACGGGGACGGCGACGACGAGUACGCGCUGCUCACCAGGAUAACUGACACAUCGGCAGCUGAAGCAAGGGCGGGAAAGGAUAUACAAGGGAUACCAUGGGAGAGGUUACAAAUUACCAGGAAGGAUUACAGAAAAGCUAGGCUGGAACAGUACAAGAACUAUGAAAACUUCCCUCAAUCCGGAGAGCUUAUGAAUAAGUUGUGCAAGCAAGUGGAGGGGAACAGUAAAUACUAUGAAUUUCGGUACAAUACUCGAGUAGUGAAACCAUCAAUUCUCCAUUUUCAGCUUCGGAAUUUGUUAUGGGCAACUUCAAAGCAUGAUGUGUAUUUCAUGUCAAAUUCCACAGUAGGCCACUGGUCAUCACUGUCUCACAAAAUGUCAGAUGUUCUUGAUUUCUCGGGGCAUGUUGCUCCAGCACAGAAACAUCCUGGCAGUUCACUAGAAGGGUUUACUGGCGUUCAAGUUAGCACACUUGCAGUGAAUGAGGGUUUAUUGGUUGCUGGUGGUUUCCAAGGAGAACUAAUUUGCAAGAGUUUACGAGACGGUGAUGUUAAGUUCUGCACAAGGACUACCUUGAGCGACAAUGCGAUCACAAAUGCCAUGGAUAUACACAGAUCUACAAGUGGAAGUUUGCGCAUUACGGUGUCGAAUAAUGAUUCUGGUGUUCGUGAAUUUGACAUGGAAAGAUUUCAGCUCUUGAAUCACUUGCGUUUUGACUGGCCAGUGAAUCACACAUCCGUGAGCCCGGACAAGAAACUUUUGGCAGUAGUUGGAGAUGAUCGGGAUGCUCUUCUUGUUGAUUCACGAAAUGGGAAGAUAGCUUCUACCCUAGUUGGCCAUCUGGACUACUCAUUUGCCACGGCAUGGCACCCGGAUGGUGUUACCUUCGCAACCGGGAAUCAGGACAAGACAUGCCGGGUCUGGGACAUCCGGAACCCGUCGACCUCCCUCGAGGUCCUAAGAGGCAACAUUGGCGCCAUCCGAUGCAUCCGCUACUCCUCCGAUGGCCGGUUCCUCCUCUUCUCUGAGCCUGCCGACUUUGUGCACGUCUACAGCGCCGCCGAGUGCUACAGAAAGCGGCAGGAGAUUGACUUCUUUGGCGAGAUCUCCGGGAUCUCGCUUAGCCCAGACGACGAGACCCUGUUUGUGGGUGUUUGCGACCGCGUGUACGCCAGCCUGCUGCAUUAUAGGAUGGUCCACUCCUUCUGGUACCUGGACUCCUACAUGUAGUGAUGCAGGGGAGAAACUAAGUUGGGUGUUUCAUGUGAAGAAAGAGCGCGGUGGCACUGCUGAAAAUCUGAAGAUCUCGCUCAGACCGGACGACGAGCCCCUGGUCCUCUGGGGCCGUGCGACCGCGUCAAAGCCAAGCUGCUGCAUUACAGGACUGUCCGUCGCCUUCGGGCCCCAUGGACUCAAACAUGUAGAGAAAAGAAAGCUUGGUGGUGCUAUGUCGAGUGUUCUUGUAAAGGAAGACAUGAAUUGCUGAAACAUGCCGAAUUGUAACUUUAACCAGAUCAGUUUGGAACUCAUACCGUCUUAAUGCAAAGGAACAGAGCAUGACCGAGCUGGGCCAAGUUCAGGUUGAUUCGUAUU